AUGAUGGGAUACGGUUCCGCCCGGGCUACGAGCCCCGGCGAUGGCGAGAGGGGUUUUAGGAGAAAGCGCUUGGCAGCAAUGGCUGGCAACCUGUACAGGAGCGGACAGGCCGCUGUCACCGAGAUCAAGGAAUCAUAUGCCCAAACAAGGGCAGGGCCAGCCGCUGCAGGACACGAGAACCAUGGGCGAAUACACAUUCCAGGUGCCUUUCCAGAUGUUGCGAUUACCGUCCAUGGCGACGACCAAAUGGUGCUGUUCCCCUCUUACGCCAAGCAACACACCAAGCAGGAUUGGAACGAUAUGGCCGCACACGACCCGGAUGCCCCACCCGGUAGCAUCAAGGACGAAGGCUUCUGGCGUCAAGAAUGGGAGCGAGCUGAAGAUGAGAGGGCAAUCGUUGAUGUUGAUGUUCGCGGUUGGAUAUAUACCCCUCAUACCGGUCCAAUGACGAGGAGGAACAGAAUUCUAAUUGGUCUUGCGCGGCAACUGAGUGGCAUCCCAGCCCCUCGAGCGGACCAAGCAUACAGUCCAGGGACUGGACUACCACGUUCGCAUCUUCAACUACACGAAGAGAAGAAGGAACAAGAAAAGAUUGAUGCCGAAGCUCGGCGGAUAGAACAAGUAGGGCAGCGUGAGAAACAAGUUGCCUACCAAGGAGGUUUCAGUGAAAAGACACCCGACAACGAUGAUCCCCUCACGGACAGCUUCUACUAUCCCUCUCGCGGAGGGAAUCGGUCUCCAGACUCGGCCCCUUCCAGCCCAACAAUGCCCGCCAGAUCAGCGACAGCUAGCAGCACAAAUACUAGCGAGCUCAGCGAGAGCGAUCUCAUUCUCGCCAAUGCCAAUCUCAUGGCUCGAAUCGCUCCGUUCAUGACCAAUCCUUCCGUUGCCCUCCCGAUUACUUUUUUCUUCUACAACGAUACCAAAUCGCAGUCCAAGACCGUCAUGACGAAUGAUGCAGGUCAUUUUGUCAUUCGUGCCGCCCUCGACUUUGUGCCGACACAUGUCCGUGUUUUGGCAGACGAGGAUCUAUCUGCUGUUCAGGAGAUCAAAGUCAUCGAGCCAUAUGGAGUCAGUCUCAUCAGCGAUAUUGACGACACAGUCAAGAAAUCAAAUAUUUCUGCAGGAGCCAAAGAGAUCUUCCGCAACACCUUUAUACGUGAUCUGGCGGAUCUUUCGGUUGAAGGUGUCAAGGAGUGGUAUAACAAGAUGGCCAAAAUGGGCGUGAGUAUCCAUUACUGCUCAAACAGUCCAUGGCAGCUCUUCCCAGUUCUCGCCAGUUUCUUCAAAAUCCAUGGUCUCCCGCCAGGCUCACUUCAUCUCAAACAAUACAGCGGCAUGCUGCAGGGCAUUUUCGAGCCAGUCGCUGAACGAAAGAGGUCUACGCUUAAUCGCCUUCUGAGAGACUUUCCCGAGCGAAUGUUUAUACUUGUAGGAGACAGCGGAGAGGCCGAUCUCGAGGUAUACACAGAACUCGCCCUGUCGAACCCCGGUCGCAUCCUUGCAGUCUUCAUUCGAGACGUCACGACACCAGAAGAGACAGCAUUUUUCAGCUCCGGAUUUGACUUUGGCCGACCCAAGACUGCAGGUGCUUCUAACGGACCUUCGAGAAGCGUUUCUCGCACCCCUUCAUACCAGAGCCUAGCCCCGAGUGGAUAUCGAACAGAAAGGAACUUGUCAGCCGGUCCUACCAUGGGAACAUUGAUCGACUUUUCAGACGAGCCUCGGACAAAGGUCGACCGCAACGGAGCCCUCGCCCAGGCGCAAAGCUUCAAUGCAAAAGGUGCCAGCACUACCGACCUUAGUGGUCGUAAGCCAGCUCCGCCCAGGCCAGCAAAGCCAGUCGCUUUAAGGAGUGCCAAAUCCAUCCCAGAGCUAAACAAAGGACUCUCUCGACAAAACUCUGACGAGAUCCCUCCCCCUCCGCCACCUAGAAGGCCGGGAGUGCAAACACGAGAAACUGCACCGCCCCAUCCCCUUAAACAGAUUCACAACUCAUCCCAGCAAAGCUCGGGUAGCAGCAAUAAUACCUUUAAGAUCCCAGCACAAAGUCGCUCUGGAUCUGCUUCUUCAGGGGGUGGUCCUCCUCCACCGCCCCCACGUCGAAGGGGAACACCUUCCAGUAUUACAGAGUCGAACCAGAACCCCCGUCUUCCACCGCGUCCUACCCAGACAUCAACUAAUCUGGACGUGGACUACGACCCCCUUCCACCAUCAGCAAACCCUCCUACAUCUUUUGGUUCGAUGACAGGAGGUUACCGAUCAGAUGGCAACACGUCAACAGGAGGAUCACCGAAUAUGGGCCCUCAAGCAGUUAAUAAGAAACUAGAGUUAUGGAGGAGGAGAUUAGCAAGAGCACACGAGCAACUCGACGGACUAGGCGUUUCCCUAUAUACAUGGCGACGAGGAAACGAUGUCAUCGCUGAAGCGGAGGGAAUAGUAAAACAAGCCCUCGCAGACAUGGACAGAAAGAGGAGGAUGAACCGAUAG